CCUCCCUCGUCUUCAUACCUCCUCUCUCCUCUCUCUCUCUCUCUCUCUCUCUCUCUGUGACCAAAACCCUAGGUUGCUACGGUUUCGCCUCUUCCCCGAGCACGAUUACUUGUCGCGUAGCAAAUUCUUUCUAUUGGAGGAGAAGAAGGCUUAAAAGUAGAGAAACAAUAUGGCUUUGAGGCGGAGUGCAAGCAAACUGGUCGGAGAUCUCCCGGCUGUUCUUUCUCGUAGUGCUGCUUUCCUCCAUUCCCAUGCCACUAGCUUUGGGUUCAAGGAAGUAGGAGAGGAUGAGAAGAGCAAGUUGGUUGGUAAUGUUUUUAGCAGUGUUGCUUCAAAUUAUGAUCUCAUGAAUGAUAUGAUGAGUGUCGGACUGCAUAGGUUGUGGAAGGACAGGUUGGUUUCAAAGCUGAAUCCCUUUCCUGGAAUGAAGCAUCUGGAUGUGGCUGGUGGAACAGGUGACGUAGCUUUUCGUGUUCUAGAAAGUAUAAAAAAUGUGGGCCGUAGAGCCAUGCAAGAUGGUCUAACUGAAAUAGAAGAAGAUACACAGAUAUACAUUUGUGACAUAAAUCCGCAUAUGUUGAACGUUGGCAAGAAGCGAGCUGUUGAACUAGGUCUUGGCGAGGAGCGUUGCCUUCAUUGGGUAGAGGGAGAUGCUGAAGCUUUGAGUUUUGAGGACAGGUCUAUGGAUGGAUACACGAUUGCUUUUGGGAUUAGAAAUGUGACCCACAUUGAGAAAGUCCUUGCUGAAGCUUACAGGGUAUUAAAGAGAGGAGGCAGGUUCUUGUGCUUGGAGUUGAGUCAUGUGGACAUCCCUAUUUUCAAGCAGAUCUAUGAUUAUUAUUCAUUCUCGAUCAUUCCAGCAAUCGGCGAGCUAGUUGCGGGCGAUAGAGAAUCUUACCAAUACUUGGUCGAGAGUAUCCGACGGUUCCCUAAUCAGGAGACAUUCGCGCGAAUGAUAGCCGAUGCAGGUUUUCAGAAAGUUGAGUACGAGAAUCUUGUUGGCGGAGUGGUCGCCAUUCACUCUGGAUUGAAGUUGUGAAGAAGCAUCAAAUCUCCGUCGAAUUCAUUCGCCACCGUCGCAUUAAAUUGUUUCUUUUGUUGUAAUGAAAUAAUUUCGGCGCUUUAUGUGCUACAUAACACCUUAAUUUUACUGUAGCUCUAGAUGAAGUGCUAAUUUGUAGAGUUUAGGGCCUUUAAUUAUAUGCAAAUGAUUCAUCAUUUUGAUUGGUUUCAAAGCUUUUACCCCAGUGUGGUUUUAUAAUAAAGUCUUAAGAGAGAAUAUGUAUCAGUAAGUUUUGUGCA